AUGGCGCUUUCAGGUUUUCGUUUUGCUCGCUCCAUUGCCGUUGUUUCAGCUCGGUGGCCACAAACUCGAGCUGUUUCGACCGCAGCGACUCUGACCAGGUUUACAACAUGCUUUGGUGAUGGCAUCCAUCUAGGUAUGCUUAGGCGUCAGCACCAAUCAUUACCGUUUUCGACUUCCGAAUCCUCCAGCUAUUCACCGCUGGUAUGGUGGAGAAAUCGGCAAGAAAAGAAGGAAGAGGUGAAGUAUAAAGAGCGGCUUCAGGCCAUGGCGAACAAGGAGGAUUGGACGAUCGGUGACAUGAAAGAGGAGCUUAACGAUGUUGUGAAAUCUUGGAUUUCGAAAAUUCCUGUCAUUGGAAGCAACAAAGAAAUUCUUGCGGCCAAGCGAAUGCACAAAACGGUUACCGGUUUGGCCGAGAUUAUUGGAGACAAGGCUACUUCGGAGCGCCUGGGUAACAUGACACGGGUUGAAAAAUUGAAAGCGUCUCUGCAAGGAGAAUCCACCGUCGAGGACAUCAACAUAUUGAUCCAACAGUUUGACUCGAUGAGCUUGAUGCAUAAGGUUGUUCGUCGACGAAAGUUGGAAGGAAAGAAAAUUCCAGAAACAGCAGAGGCUGUGCAAACCAUGAUGCAGACGGAAGGUCAAAGACUUUUGACGAAAACCCAGAAAACAAAGAUGAUGAGCCGCACCAAAGAAAUAAUGCGCAAGUCACGCAGACGGUAG